AAUUGCAUGUUUUCCCCAUUUAAUUAUCAAAAUGUCAUACAAAAAUGAAUUAUAACACUAAUGGAAUUGACGGUGGUCAUCUUCUGGGUUGCUGAGUAAUCAUUGCCCUGAUGAUCGAGGCGGCACCACCUCUCAAACGUCAAUGAACUUAUGCCAGACUACAUGGUGCAACAACCGAUAAGACAGCCAUCAUCAUGCUUGCUGCCAUGAGAACCUCAAAUCUCACUUAGUAAUGGAAUUGUAAAAUAUUUACUGGUCUUUUUUCUCUGUACAAAUUAGUUAAGGACACUACUUUAAUUUAAUGUAAGUUUUAUUUUAUUUCUAUCUUCGCAUUUUUGUAUUGUUCAAAUCAGGACACCUCUCACGAGAUGGUCGUAGCUUGUUGCCGAUUCCUGUGCCACUUCUGCAGGACUUCUCGUCAGAACCAGAAGGCUAUGUUUGACCAUUUUGCAUUUCUUCUGGAGAAUAGUAACAUUCUUCUCUCGCGACCAUCUCUGCGUGGCAGUACGCCUCUGGAUGUGGCUUAUUCCUCACUCAUGGAAAAUACUGAAUUGGCUCUUGCACUUAGAGAACAUUACUUGGAGAAAAUUGCCAUCUAUCUUUCCCGUUGUGGUUUGCAAUCCAACUCUGAGCUUGUUGAGAAAGGAUAUCCAGACUUGGGAUGGGAUCCAGUGGAAGGAGAGAGAUAUUUAGAUUUCUUGAGAUUCUAUGUCUGGGUCAAUGGUGAGAGUGUAGAAGAAAAUGCUAACCUUGUGAUCCGUCUUCUUAUACGUCGCCCAGAGUGCUUAGGUCCGGCACUAAGAGGAGAAGGAGAAGGCUUGCUGAGAGCUGUCAUGGAAGCAAAUAAGAUGUCAGAGCGCAUUGCUGAUAGGAGGAAGCUGAUGGAUGAAGCAGAAGGAACGAUGUCCAUAUUACAGUUUGAACAUCCACUGCCUGAGAGCGAUGAAGAUGAAGACUACAUUGACACUGGAUCUGCCAUUCUGAACUUCUACUGUACUUUGGUGGAUUUGCUGGGGCGCUGUGCUCCAGAUGUUUCUGUUAUUGCGCAGGGCAAAAAUGAGUCUCUUCGAGCAAGAGCCAUUCUGCGGUCGCUGGUGCCUCUGGAAGACCUACAGGGGGUGCUGAGUCUGAGGUUCACCCUUACAAAUCCUGCAGCAGGAGAGGAACGGCCUAAGAGUGAUAUGCCAUCUGGUCUCAUUCCUGGCAAUAAACAAAGCAUAGUACUCUUCCUGGAGAGAGUUUAUGGUAUUGAGACCCAAGAACUGUUCUACAAACUCCUGGAAGAUGCGUUCCUUCCUGAUCUCCGUGCGGCGACUAUGUUGGACAGAAAUGAUGGCUAUGAAUCUGACAUGGCACUGGCAAUGAAUCGUUACAUUGGUAAUUCCAUCUUGCCACUCCUCAUCAAACACUCCUCGUUCUACAAUGAAGCUGAUGAUUAUGCCAAUUUGCUGGAUGCCACUCUGCAUACAGUGUACAGACUGUCCAAAAACAGAAUGCUUACCAAGGGCCAGAGAGAAGCCGUGUCAGACUUCCUUGUGGCUCUUACCAGCCAAAUGCAACCAAGCAUGUUACUAAAGUUACUGAGGAAGCUUACCAUUGACGUUUCCAAGCUGUCAGAGUACACCACUGUAGCCCUCAGAGUAUGUAUACAUAGUGUGAAAUGUUUUUUCUUCAUCAUCAUAUUUUGGGGAAGAACUUGUUAGUUAUAUGAAGAUUCU